AUAUAGUGAAUGCGGGGUCCGGGGAGAGCGGAUAUAGUGAAUGCAGGGUCCGGGGAGAGCGGAUAUAGUGAAUGCGGGGUCUGGGGGAGAGCGGAUAUAGUGAAUGCAGGGGGGUCCUGGGAGAGUGGAUAUAGUGAAUGCGGGGUCCAGGGAGAGCAGAUAUAGUGAAUGCGGGGUCCGGGGAGAGCGGAUAUAGUGAAUGUGGGGUCCGGGGAGAGCGGAUAUAGUGAAUGCAGGGGUCCGGGGAGAGCGGAUAUAGUGAAUGCGGGGUCCGGGGAGAGCGGAUAUAGUGAAUGCGGGGUCCGGGGAGAG